AUGCGACGUGUGGCAGACGUCCGUGAGUGCGUCGGUGAGGGAAGUGAGAGUGAUGUGCUGCGGGUGGGCGGGCAGCGCCAGGCUGCCGAGGUCAGUGAGGGACACGUCGGAGUCCGCAGAGCCCUGCUCAUCCGCCUCGAACAGCGAGGGCAGCGCUUCGGAGUUGAGGCCCAGGUACACGGCGUUGUACGCGUGUGUGAGGGACAGGCAUUUUUUGAGGUGUUCGUUGUCUUCGGUAUUCCUAAUGUUCUGGGUGACGAGGACAAACACGUCGCGGCCGUUGCAGUCGUCGCGCAGCUCGCCGUCCUGGUCAGAGGGAGAGGUGGAGACCCUGUAGCCGCAGCGCUGGAGGAACGUGCCUAG